AAUGGCCCCAAAAGGAGAGGGGGGGGGCGGAGACAGAGGUACCGGGACCCCAAGGUAUCCAGGAUAACAGGGCCCGGGGGGCCCCCUUUGGGCCUCCGGGUCCAGGACAAAAGGCGAAACGGCCCCAACGGGCAAAAUGGCUAUCCUGGGGGGGGAAAAACGGGGCCGCUGGCAAAAUGGCUCAAGGUAAAACCCCGGGCCAAUGGCCCCGCGGGGUCCCCGGGCAACCAGGACAACCUGGACCCCCUGGUCCUCCAGGACUUCCUGCUGUAUCUCCUGACCUCGGACAGAUCCUCCCUGUGACCGGCCCAUACCCUGGCCAAAAACAAAAAAAAACAAAGAACAGAGGCGACAUUGGUGGAAGUGGCGUGGAGAUGCCUGCCUUCACAGCUAAGCUUGCAAAUCCAUUCCCUCCUGUUGGCUCUGCGGUCGUCUUUGACAAACUCCUGCACAAUGGCAAUCAAAACUACAAUCCCCAAAGUGGUGUUUUCACCUGUAGCAUACCAGGGGUCUACUACUUUGCUUACCACGUCCACUGCAAAGGGGGUAAUGUGUGGGUGGCCUUGAUGAAGAACAAUGAGCCAGUCAUGUACACAUAUGAUGAAUACCAAAAGGGCUUGCUGGAUCAGGCAUCAGGGAGUGCUGUACUCCCAUUACGACAAGGAGAAACUGUGCAUAUACAGCUGCCAUCUGACCAGGCUGCAGGACUUUAUGCUGGUAAAGUCCAUUCCACUUUUUUGGAACUAUUGUCCCCAAGUAAAAAGGAAAAACAAAGGCAAAGGGAAAACCCCUUGAGGGGAUUUUUUUCCCAAAAUUAUGGUAAAACUGGCUCAAAGGAAUUUUUGGUAAAGUGAAGGGUUUUACAAGAG